AUGGGAUUCCCGCCAUCAAUGACGCCUCAGGAAAAGCACCUCUUCUCCGACCGCGUCAACUCGGCGACAACCCGCCUCUCGAGCACAAUGGCCGCAAGCGAAACCGACACCGGCUACAUGUUCGUCGUCUACUUCCACAAGAACACCGCCGCCGACGCCCUCUCCCUGCUACAGGCCGCUGACAUCCGAGUCAGGGGCCACCCGAUCCAGUUUUCCUGGCACUGA